UGUUCGUGUUCAUUGCGAUUCAGUUCGCGCAUGCUGUUAAGCUCGUUUGGUGCUGUUAAAUGCUAGCCGCUGUUUAAUUCGAAUUCGAAUCCAGUUGGAUUUUUCGCUAUCAUCAAGUGUCAAAUUCAUACUGCACAAAACUAAGAUAACACAAAAUAAAUAAGAAAAAGUACCAAAAUUGAAUUGUGCGUUGAACUAAAAAAUUUCAAAAAGUUCUAGGCAUUUCCAGCAGAAGAAAUGUUCUUGUCUGUUAAUUGACAGACUGUUAAUUGCUGUCGUCGGUUUGUGUGUGCCUGUGUGUGUGUGUGUGUGUGAGUGUUAUUCAGCACUCAGCUGUUUUCGCUAGUCAGUUGUUCCAAGACGUUUGUUUAAAGUACUCAUAAACACAGAUAAACGCACAUACAUUCAUUUUGUAGUCCUUUUCGUGCAGCAAGCAAACAAAUAAAGAAAAAACUCAACAUACACACACAUGAUGGAACAAAUAGCAGCAGCAGCAGCAGCAGAAGCAACAGCAGAUAACAAUGUGAAACCAAUACGCAAAGAGAUUCUCAAUCCAGGCAACAAAUACAUUGAGCUCAAGCCAGGCACCAGAGUGAAAUUCCAUUUCCAAACACGACGUGCCAACGAUGUGCGAAUUGUGGACGACAGCAGGAAAAUGGAUAAACCCAUGGAACUGGUGCUGGGCAAGAAAUUCAAACUGGAGGUCUGGGAGCUGAUUGUGCAGCAAAUGUCGCUUAACGAGGUCGCCAAAUUCACGGUCCACAAAUCGCUUUGCGCACAAUAUCCGUUCAUAUCGAAGACACUGCGCGACAUUGGCAAAAAGCCCGAGGAACGUCGCCAUUGCUGCGGCAUGACGCUACAGAACGAAGGCAUGGGCUACGAGGAUCUCGAUGAGCUGCUCCAACAUCCGCUCGAUCUGGAGUUCAUCAUUGAGCUGAUCUCCAUCGAGUUGCCCGAGCAAUACGAAAAGGAGCGCUGGCAAAUGAGCGACGAUGAGAAAAUGCUGGCCACGCACACGUUACGCGAACGUGGCAAUCGUCAUUACAAGGCCCAGGAAUACGAUCAGGCGGAGGUUUGCUAUCGCGAGGCAGUUGGAAUGAUUGAGCAGCUAAUGCUGAAGGAGAAACCCCACGAUCCCGAGUGGCAGGAGCUGGCGAAUGUGAAGGCACCGCUGCUGCUUAACUAUGCCCAGUGCCGUCUGAUUGCUGGCGAUUAUUAUGCGGUCAUUGAGCAUUGCAGCGAAGUGCUCACCCUCGAUCCAUGCAAUGUGAAGGCGCUCUUUAGACGUGCUCGGGCGCAUGCUGGCGCCUGGAAUCCGGCACAGGCACGACGCGAUUUCAUUGAAGCCCUCGGCUUGGACAGCACAUUGCGGGCGACGGUGGCCAGGGAAUUGAAGGCGAUCGAGGAGCAGCAACAUGAGCGCAACGUGCAGGAUCGCAUCCACAUGCAGAAGCUGUUCUAGAACAUAAGUUGUGCGAACGUGUUGCUCAUGCUGCUGGUCUAUUGGACCAGCUAUGCGCAGCGUUAGCAGUUAACCAACGCUCUGCUCUAUUGGCUAAAGGAUAACGUCGCCUAUUCGAUGGCCACCCACUGUUCCAAGGUGUUCAUCAUGAUCUGUUUGCUCUUGAAUCAGGUCCUCUGCUGCUGGACGCUCUACAAGACGCUGUUGGUGGCGAAACGCCAGCGUCUGCUCAUCCACAUCAUUGAGGCGCAACGCCAGCGGCAGCGACAUCAGCAGCAGCAUCAUCAGCAACAUCAUCAGCAGCAGCACCAGCAUCAUCAGCAACCACAACAGCGUGGCAGGAGCAGAGUACGUGCCACAUGGCGUAAAAGAAAACAGCAUUAGAGCAAGAGCCUCCCUCCACCUAUCUCUAUCUCUCUCACUCACGGUUUCCACAACACUCUUCUCUCUCUCUCCCUCUCUUUCUUUGUGUAGUCAGAUAAAUGUAUGUAUGUAUUGUAUAUUCCCACCCUUUAUAUAGUAUACUAUAUAGAUAUGUGUAUAUUAGAUGUAAUCAAUUUGUAGCUCCUCCAUUAAUCGAUCGUAAAUGUUUUUGUCAAAUUGUACUAUAUAUAUAUACAUAUAUAUACAACAUAUACCUACCUAUACAGAUGAUAUAUAUUUAUCAAGAUAUAUAGCAUGUAGAAUCGUAAGACUCUAGCGAAUUGUGUCCAGCAUUAAUGUGCUUUGUUUUAUUGUCGCAAAACUCUUCAGUCGUCAAUAACAAAA